GCGUCGAGGACGGGUCAAAUGACGCAUGUGACGUAAUUGUUCUGCGUCCAUACUAUACGAGCGGUAUCGUUGAAGAAAACAAAUGAUCCAGAUUCGCUUAUUUGUCAAAUAAUUUUAUUCCCCCACAUAUAUAGUUGAAUUUCUUCAUCUGGACGGAUUUCUCUGCGGAAAACACUCAGCAUGGCAUUAAAAUCAGGAGAGGAGCGCCUGAAGGAGAUGGAGGCAGAGAUGGCACUCUUCGAGCAGGAGGUGUUGGGUGGACCUGUGGCACCUACUGUGGUUGAAGCAGUGCCGGUUGCUCUAGCAAUGCCAACUUUACCCAUGGUCAGGCCCAUCAUUGGCACAAACACCUAUCGAGAGGUCCAGCAGAGUUUGGAGGCAAGAGCUGCAACUUUAGUUGGUCCACCACCCACAUUUGUUUGUCCUGCUAUACCAGCAGUACCACCUCCUCCAGUUCUGCGGCCUGCAUUUGUCCCGCAUGUCUUACAGAGGCCAGCUGGAGGUCACAGAAUGCCGAUGAUGCGUGGUCCACCUCCUCAUGGCAUGAUAGCACCUCCGCUUCCCAGACCACCGCCUCCUCCACCUUCAAUGAUGGCUCCACCUGUGGUGGGGCCCCCUCAGCCCCCUAUGGCUCCAGUUGGACCCCCUAUGGGACCAAUGCCACCAGUUGGAGGUAUGAACCCUAUGGCUUUAGGGCCACCGCGAUCUAUGACUCAAGCCCCUGCGAAGAUCACACCCAGUGUUAUCCAGGCGGCCCCCACCGUUUACACAGCACCUCCUGUCUCAAAGAGAAUCGACCUCAAGAGCCAGAAACAAGCACGCAUGGAGCAGUUGUCAGCACUGGUGGCAGAACAGCAGGCUGCUGUCUUGGCCGCUGGGCUGCUGGAAUCCAAGAAGGAAACGGCCAGCGAUGAUAGUGUGAUCGGGCCAAGCAUGCCGGAGCCUGAGCCUGUACAUGUGGAGCCUGUCGAUACCAGCACAGAAGAUAAGAAGAAAGGGAAACAGGAGAAAGUGAAGAAAUGCAUCCGUGUUGCAGCCGGCGUCUCAUGGGAGGACACCAGCCUAUUAGAGUGGGAAACAGAUGAUUUUCGGAUAUUCUGUGGAGAUCUGGGGAAUGAGGUGAAUGAUGACAUUCUGGCAAGAGCGUUCAGCCGGUAUCCGUCCUUCCUGAAGGCGAAGGUUGUUCGAGACAAACGCACUGGGAAAACGAAGGGUUACGGCUUCGUCAGUUUUAAAGAUCCCAAUGAUUAUGUGCGCGCCAUGAGAGAAAUGAACGGGAGGUAUGUGGGCAGCAGACCCAUCAAGCUGAGAAAGAGUACAUGGAAGGAUCGCAAUCUGGAGGUGGUGCGUAAGAAACAGAAGGAGAAGAAGAAGUUGGGACUGAGAUAAUCCAUCUGUACUUAAACUGUGGACUCGAUUUGUGUGUGUGUGUGUCAACCAGGACGAUUAUAAUGGAGGAGUCAGUAAAACACUUGUAUUAGUUGCAAAUAAACAAGCAUCACCUUCCUAUUUGGCCCUCGUUACUAAUAAAUCGACAUUUAGUUGUAGAUGUAUUAUCACGCACUGAAUUCUGGCCCUCUGUUAAAUAGUAUAAAUUCUGUCACUUGUCCAGAAAGCUUCAGGAGAGAGUUUUAUACCUAUGAAAUGUGGUUUGUAUAUCGAAUAUGUUAGUUUUGUUUUUCAAGAUGUAGUCGUUAAGGAA